UUGACUAGUAAAUAGAAAAUUACGUCUGAUAUGGAACUCCCAUCAAGUUUGGAUCGUAUUUGUCGUACUUGCCUUUGUGAAACAGAUAGCAUCACCAGUGUUUUUAGCGAAGAUUUUCAACAGAACUGUAAAAUAUUUUCAAUGAUUAUAGCUUGUAGUAAUAUGAAGAUAAUGAUAAACGAUGGUUUGCCGGAUAAAAUCUGUUCAAAAUGUAUAAACUCUGCUAGAAAUGCUUUUGCUUUUAAGCAACAAUGCGAUAUCGCUCAUCAAACGCUUCAAUCUUUGGCACUUCAAUAUAGUUCUUCAAUUGCUCCUUCGUCAGAAUCAGAGGUGAAAGUUAUUUCACUUGUUGAGAGCGAAAGGUUUUGUGCAGAAAAAAGUAUGCUGUUUGCUGUUGAGUACUCACCAGAAACUAUUAAUUCUGAUAGUGAAAAAGGUAAAAAGGAUACAAUUUUUGAACACCAGGCCUGUAAACCGGAAGUAUUUGAAAAUAUAGAAUUUUUGACGGAAAAUAUCGAAGAACUAGUAAAAGAGGAAAAACAGGAUUGUGGUCUGGAAUCGGAAGUAUACGUGGGAACAUCCUUUGCAGAUAUUAAAUCUUUUCAUCUUCAAGUUACACCGGCAGAAAUUUUUUUUAAAAAUAAGCAGUGUGAAUACUGCGAAAAAGUAUUCAGCAGAUCAACCCACCUCCGACGCCAUCUGUUGACUCAUACGAAGGAGAAGCAUUUUAAGUGCAAAAUAUGUGCCAAAGCAUUUUCAAGAAGUGAUCAUUUGGCAAUCCACGAGUCUACGUUUCAUUCCCAAGAACGUCCGUUUGCGUGUAAUCUGUGUGAAAAGUGCUUUAAGCGGGUGGAGCAUUUGCGUACACAUGUUGAGACAAAACACGCUGAUUCUACAAAAAGCAAAAGACAAGAAUUUUGUGAUAUAUGCAAUAAGGGAUUUGUAUCAGCGAGAUAUCUAGAGAGCCAUAAAAAAAUUCACAAUGAGCAUAGAAUCUACAACUGCAAAUAUUGCGAUAAAAGUUUUCCUGAUAAACUUGAUCAUAGAGAACAUAUCAAACGUGAACAUCAAAAAGGAACAACGUUUCUGUGCUCUGAAUGCGGUCAAAGUUUUAUGCGAAAUGAUUAUUUAUUAGUGCAUAUGAGACGACACAAUGGAGUCAAACCUUACAAAUGUAAAUUUUGUCCGAAAGCAUUUCCCAGAGCUACUGAUCUAAGAGUUCAUGAAAAAUAUCACACUAAUGAUAAGGCUCAUCUGUGCACAAUAUGUGGGAAAGGUUUUCACAGAGCAUACAAUUUGUUGGUUCACAGUCGGACCCAUAAUGGUUUAAAACCGUAUCAGUGCCCACAUUGCCAGAAAAGCUUUGCCCAAGGUAAUGACUUAAAAGCUCAUGUUCGACGUCAUACAGGCGAGCGGUAUAAAUGCGAGAUAUGCAACGAAGGGUUUAUACAGUGUUACCAAUUGAACAACCAUAAGCGAUCGGUUCAUAACAUUGACGUUGCGACCAGACGACGAGUUACGAAGUAUAUUACUCCGACUGCUCAAGAGCAACAAGUUCUGUUACAAAAACAACAUGAACAAUUGAAGCACCUAAUCAUACAACAGAGACAGUUGGAAGAAAAACAGGAGUGCAAAAUUGAACAAGGCGACAAGGAUUUACAUGUUGACAAACAAAUUCUUGAGACAAAGGAGAAAAUUUUGGAUGUUGAACGUGAGCUGGAAAAGAUAAAAAAUCGAUUGAAAAAUGAAAUAGAGUGUCAACAAAAUGACCGGGAACAAAACAAUCAUUUGGAUGAGCUGACCGAAGACAACGCAGAAUAUCACCCAAAUUCAAUUUCUCAACUAUUACACUCGCAUAUUCGCAGCAACAAGCAACAACACUCUGCGGUAAAAAUUCGAUUUUAAAACUGACAACAAAUUAAAUUUGUUCCUUAAAACACAUUUGAGCUUAGUAGUAAUUUAUUUUAUUUACUUCUGUAGAUUAAAACAUUGUCUUAAUGUAUUAUAUCCUAUCCAACGCUUCCACCAUUAUAAUGCUGUUUCCUCUGAUCACCUGAAAUAUAUAACGAAAA